CUGUAAAUUUGGAUGGAUGAUGGCUCAGCCCGACCUACGGACACGUUCAGCCCCCCACAGCAGUGAGUUCGCACCAGAAAAGCCGCCUCAGCUUCUCUGUUUGUGGCUCUCAGCAGUUUCGCUCCUCUGUUGUCCGGCGAAAACCUCUUCCACACCAACCUGCUGUCCUAUGUUUCUUCCAGCUGUGGAGAGACUCGGCGUCAAAGUCCUCCCUCCGGCCCUGCACCGGCUCCUCUUCAGCCAGGCGGGAGGGUCUGCGGUGGCCCACCUGGCCUUCAGGGCGCUGUUUGGAGGAGUGAGAGGCACAGUCCUGUUCCUGGGACUCUCCAACAACCUCCCGCCACCCUUUGACCUGAAGCUGGGGACCGGAGUCAUGUUUGUUGCUCUGUGCGUUGUAGCCGGAGCCUUGUCUUCCUUCUUCAGGUGUUCGUUCCUCCUGAUGUUUCCCAGCAUGCUCGGCUCCCGCGGCCACGCGUACCUGAUGGUGAUCAUCCUGUCUCUGCUGCACAGAGGACCAGUUUCUAACAUGCAGCGUAACAUUGAGAAAGCUGCUCUGUCCCUGAGCUGUAAUCUGGACCUGCAGGUCAAUCACAGCAAGUUGCUGUGGAGAGACGCCGUCAGACCGUUUCUACUCAUCACACAGGAGCUCAUGGUGAGACUCACGUGCCUGUAUGAAACUGUUACCAAACACAGGUCAUCAGCAGUUUCAGCUGGGAGUGAUCAGUGGUCAUGUCUCUUGUUUCCUGUUCAGGACAGUAAAUCGGCGUUUCAGUCGGAGGCUCUGAGCAUCAGCAGUAAGUUUCAGACUAUCAGAGACGAAAUCGUCUCCCAGUACGGUUACGACCAAUUCACCCCGAAACGCAAUGCUGCUGCCGCCACCGGCAGCACACAGCAGCAGUUUGCCGCAAAGACCAUGAUGCACUGCAACAGUGUGGUGGACAUGGGUGUGCAGCGCUGUGCUGACUGGUUCCAACAGCGGUGGGAGGAGUGUUUGGAGGAGAUACCUGUCCCCAUCAUCAACCACAUCCUCUGCAGCUCCAUGAAGUUCCACUUCCUGUGCGACAUCAUGAGAGUGAUGACUCCAUGGUGCAGAGAGCAAAUUCCUGUUGAGGGAAACUUCGGUCAGCUGUUUGAUCAGCUGAAUGUGUCGGUCGACCUGCUGUCCAGAGAGUUCAGCGCUGAGCUGGUCUUGCAGGAGCAGCAGCAUGCGGUGCUGGGUGGAGCUCUGAUGGAUCAGGAGUUCACUCAGUGUGUCACAGCGUCCUUCCAAAAACUGACAACAACAAUGGGACAGGCAGUGAACGUCCUCCAGCUGCUGCUGUCCUUCACCUUUGUCACCAUCUUCAUCCAGGCGUUUGGGUACGUCAGACAGUACAGGAGGGACAUUGGAUUUGACAACGUCUACAUCACCACCUACUUCAGACAGAUUGACACCCGCAGGAGGAAAGCGGGGAAGCGCUGUCUGCUGCCUCUGAAACCAUCAGAGAAGAAGAAGUUCAUCAACCCCUGGAGCCUCAGAAUCUACCCCGAUGAGCUCAAAGCAGUGAUGUCCAGCUGGUGUCAGGUGCUGUAUGUCUCUAUGCUGUGUGUCAUCCUGCUGACUGUCGACUUUGCUCUGUUCCACGUCCUGGACAUCGUCAGCAGACACACCUUCACCCAGUUGAACGUGACCAGUGGUCACCAGGUGGACAUCAAAGUGGGCGGGACCUCCAUGAUGGCCCGCCUCCUGCAGAAGACAGUGUCGGCGUUCAACAGUUCGUCCAACCUCCACAUCCACACUGACAACCAGGGUUGUGUGUUUCCCCCCUCCUUGCUUGCUGCAAAUGUCCCUGCAGGUGGUCACCAGGUGGACAUCAAAGUGGGCGGGACCUCCAUGAUGGCCCGCCUCCUGCAGAAGACAGUUUCAGCGUUCAACAGUUCGUCCAACCUCCACAUCCACACUGACAACCAGGGUUGUGUGUUUCCCCCCUCCUUGCUUGCUGCAAAUGUGUAUGUGAGCUGUGUGUGUUGUGUCCUGUUGGUGGCGCUGCUCAGCUGCCUUCAGGUUUACACCAACCGCCUGCGACGGGUCAUCGCCGCCUUCUACCACCCAAAGAGGGAGAAGAAGCGGAUUUUGUUUCUCUAUAACCUGCAGAUCCAGAAACGCAUUUCCUCCACAGACAGAAAACGCAUCAUCAACUGAGAAUGGAAGAUCAGGACGGUGUUUCAGAAUCUGACCAGGUGUGGAUGUCACCUGUGCCAUCACCACCGACAGGAAGCGUCUGACUCUGAGGAGACACACUAUGACCCCGGUUAGACCAGGACAGGAGGGGAAAAAUUCCCAGAUCUUCACCCUGUUCACAUAAAUCUCUCAGUAAACAUCUGUCUGAGCAUACCUCACGCAUAUCGGCUCAUUACAUUGAUCAGUAUGUGUAGAAACUCAGUCACACCUGGUGUGUUGCUGCAAUCAGACCCUGAGCCUGACACUGAGCCUCAAGGUCAGGUCAAAUUGCAGAAGUCCUCUAUAGACGCUGAUUAUUUCAGUGAAUAUGAUGCUUUACAUUUUAAAUUUAUUACCAAUCAUGUUUGCAUUCUUUAAAUGGCCAAGGUGCUUCCAGCUCCUCUACCUCACAUCUCUUCAGUCUCGAGGCUCUAGUGAGACUCCAGCAAACUGACUCCAUAAACCACUCCUAACCACUCUCUGCCCCUCCCAUUGUGUUUCCUGAAGCUGCGACAUGAACCACAGAUGCCUGGUUUCGGACAAAUAGCAAAAUGCAGCCUAGCGUUACCUGGCUAACAGUAAGUCUGUCAGUCUAGUAGAACACCGUACAGAGGGGUUAUCCAAGUAGCUGACCCUCUGCAACAGCAGCACGUGCAGCGCUCGCUUCAUUCACACUGUCACAACUGAAACACAACAAACUGAUGCUGGAUCUGUUUACAUCAGCACUCCUCUCAGUGCGGUCAUUAUGCACCAGGUCUCUGAGCAUUUCAGAAUCUUCCUGAGGCCACUACUUACUCAGCUGUCGACCUGCCAUGUAGAUCACGGAACCAGCACAGGCUGAUUUCAGAUCAUUCACAAACACAACUGGCACAAACACAGGGUAUUUAUUAAAGAUAAUCAGAAUCAGAAUCUGCUUUACUGGCCAGGUGUGUCGGACACACGAG